UAAUAAACACACAAACGGAAAAAACAAGGAAGUCCACUUAAAUGGAGCCGAGUUCUCGAGGCUACCGGAUUCACGUGUCUUUGUCUAUUCAGAUCUGCUGAUAUGCUGAUAUUCAUGUCGCUACAGCUGGACCCUGAUGGUGGAUUUAGGUAUAACGAGAAGCUCCACCACGAUGUGGAGUCGAUGGAAAUCAUCGAUUCUACUGGUCAUCAUGAUAAGUUGGAUAGCGAAGGCGACACCCGGUACUAGUCAAAAUUUCAAAAUUACCCCUAAGCCCUGUACAGUAAACGGAAUAGACGGCACCUGUAUGUUUGUGUGGGAAUGCAUCAAGUCCGAAGGUCAGCACGUGGGUGUUUGCGUAGACUCAUUCAUGUUUGGGUCUUGCUGCUCGCACAAUCUGUCCGAUAAUGUGAUACCGCAAAACUACCAUCAGACUGUAACCUAUCGUCCAAAGCCGGCUGGCAGCAACAAGCAUAAGCCACAAAAACCUAGCAAUGGCUACACAACCAUAUACCGUCCGGGCAAUGGCGGAACCUUAGUGAUACGACCGUCGCAUAACCAUCACCAACACCACCAUCCGCACAAUAAACCGUGGUCAUCCUCUUCCAGCAGUUCUAGUAGCAGUAACGCCAACAGUCAUUUUUUUAGUCAAAAGCCAACAGAGGGCACUGUAAAUAAACACUCUACCUUAUCGACGCCUGCGCAACAGUCGGACUUGGAAAUGGCAGCGAGCAGUAUGUCGACUGGAAUCUUCACCACCCAUUGGCAGGCUACGACCGAGCCAAGUUUCAUUACAAAAACACGGCCUCCUAAACCAAGCAAGCCGUCGAAGAAGCCAAUCCUAUCGGGUUCGAAUAAUAUUCAAAGCACUGCAUUAAAACCAAAACCAUCGGCCAAGCCGACCAAACCAACUACCACUACUGUUAAAUAUACGACCACAACUAGUAUUAUCAGCACAACCACGCGGAGGCCAGUAACGGAACCUCCGACGACAGCAACAUCCUACUCAACGGAGUUGGUACCAACGAGUACCGCAAGCAUUGUCACCAACACAAGCCUGGCGGCGGUGGCAUUAUCGACUGUGAUUGGCGGCGAGGGUAUCUCGUCGUCUCCCGAGAUGUAUACGGUAGCCCCUGGGCGAUCCACGCUAUCGGCUGCGAGAAAUUACGAGUGCGGAGUGCAAACGAUGGGUCGACCGGAAACGCGCAUCGUGGGCGGAAAGAAUGCCCCGUUUGGCCGGUGGCCCUGGCAGGUGUCGGUGAGGCGGACGUCUUUCUUCGGGUUCUCCAGUACGCAUCGGUGCGGUGGGGCUGUGAUCAACGACAAUUGGAUUGUCACCGCAGGCCAUUGUGUAGAUGACCUGCUAACGUCGCAGAUACGAAUACGGGUAGGCGAGUACGACUUUUCGCACGUGCAGGAGCAAUUGCCGUACACGGAACGUGCCGUCGCGAGGAAGGUCGUACAUCCCAAGUAUAACUUCUUCACCUACGAGUUCGAUCUGGCGCUGGUGAAGCUGGAACAGGCGCUGGUGUUCGCUCCACACAUAAGCCCAAUUUGUCUGCCGGGGACGGAUGAUCUGCUAAUCGGCGAAAACGCAACCGUUACCGGCUGGGGGCGGCUCAGCGAAGGCGGAACGCUUCCGUCGGUGCUGCAAGAGGUGUCGGUGCCGAUUGUUAGCAACGACCGAUGCAAAACCAUGUUUCUCAGGGCAGGCCGACACGAGUUCAUUCCGGAUAUUUUCCUAUGCGCUGGUCACGAAACUGGCGGUCAGGACUCCUGUCAGGGUGAUUCCGGAGGACCACUUCAGGUCAAAGGAAAGGAUGGUCACUAUUUCCUAGCCGGCAUCAUAUCGUGGGGCAUUGGCUGCGCCGAGGCGAACCUGCCUGGCGUUUGCACAAGGAUAUCCAAGUUUGUACCGUGGAUUUUUGAUACCGUUUUGUGAUAGACUUUCGGAACUCGAUGACUGGAUGACAACGAGUGAGGUGACGUAUAAUGGAAGAAGCGAAAAGUGUUCAAUCAGUAAACGAAAAAGACUUGAUUUUUUAUUUAGCACAAUAUAUGGACAGAGAGAUAGCAAAAGAGAUGACGAGCGGGUCAACGUUGUACAUAUUUAAUGGAUUUACUUAGACCACGAGCCGUUGCGGUACUAGCUUCAUUUCCGAAUGAAUCAGGAUUUUUUUGCAGUAGAUAGCGAUAUUGAAACCAGAAUAGCAGAAUGAACAAAGCUUGAAAAGUCACAAUAGAAAUUCGGUGUAAAAUUUGUAAAAUUAGUCUUUAAGGCUUAAGCACUACCAUUUUGUAAAUACUUUUGUAACAUAUUCUUAUCGCACUUAGCUAGAAACUUGAUACAGCGAAUGUAUAUACUAACCAAUCCUAUAAGCAAUAGUUUUGCAAUAUUGUUAACACAGCUGUUGUUAAUUUGUAUGUAUAUGAAAAUAAAUCAUUUAUUACAACGUAUGUCCAAAGAUUUAAACGAAAUAAGCGAUUCCCUGCCGAUGUUGACUCAAUAUCCGAAUGCCUUUCAAACGUAUCGCUGUCCGG